UAAUUUACGAUCAUAUUGAUGAUUACAAAGAAUUACUUGGAAAAUUAAAUUCACACUUCGGUGGCAUGGACUAUGAAAUAGUAAAUUUAAGUGAUUUAAGUUUACAUAGGAAGGCACCGGAAAUAAUUAAGAAAUUAGUAAAUGAACGAGAAAAAAUUGGGGAUCUGUUAUUUCCUUUAACAAAAUGUCUCGCAUUAAGGGUAGCCUGUCCUCAAUGUGGUUUGACAGAUAGAUUUGGAAUAAAAAAUUGUUACGAUGGUGAUAUAAUUCGUUUCUUUUGCCCUAAUCAUGGUUGGCAUUCGUUUGAUAUAAAAAAAGAUAAUUUACAAAAGUUGGAGUAUGGAUCACCAUUAAGAAAUUUUGUAAGAGGUUUGUUGUACACGGAGGAUAAUAAAGAAAAGGACAUUCCUUAUUCUUGGUUACGAGUUACUGGUAGUGACCAUGCUGGGUUUUAUCAAGAACAGCUUUUUUAUAGAGGUGCUGCGAUGUUAGAUAUUGACAUAAUUAAUUCCCCGCUUAUUGUUUAUUGUCCUUUAAUAACCGAUUGGACAGGUGUUAAAUUAUCAAAGAAAAUCAGUGUUAAUGGAGGAUAUAAAUAUUUGACUGAGCAAGGAUUAGAUUAUUUUCUUGAUUAUAAAAAAUUUAAUUUUCCAA